GACUAACUUAAGCCGGAUGUCCAACGCGUUUGGACAUGCAGACGCGCGUUGAGUAACGGUGUCUCCCGACGGGAUCAGAAAGGGCGGUCCGUGCUCAACGUCACAUGAACUAUAAAUAACAGCGCCAUCGACAGCUUGACAAAAUAACGUAGUUGCAUUAUCCGUGAACAAUGGCUCAAGCUGAGACGUUGGAGUUAGGCGUGGAGCAGGGACAGAUGCUGCUGGUCUUGACACGGCACUGUCAAACCAUGAAGCGUCAGGAGACACGACUGCGUCUGGCCACCGCGCUCCUGCUUGCAACGUUCUGCGCGACUUUGGUGUGGAUACAGUUUCACCAGCAAAAUACCACGGAAGCAUUCUCAGGUGCUCAUCAAGAGGCUUUGAAAACUACAGAUUCAUCAACAGGGCACUCUGUUCAUCUUGAACCUUUAAGACAGAUGCAUGCUUGUUCAGAACAACAGCCCAUUGAAUGGUUGGAAGUGGAUGAUGGCUAUGACUCCCAAAAUUUCAAGCUGGAAAACCAUACAGUCCUUCACAUCUCCACAGAGCGACUGUACUUGAUCAAUCUGAGGAUCUCUUACCGUGUAGCCCAUGGCCAGUGUGAGCCUGGUACAGAAUUGACUUUAGUGGUCAAUGUCACACAGCAGCAUAUAAACUAUGAAAAAGAGAGAGAGAUUAUAAGUGCUAAGGAGUCUAUGAUUUGUAGAGAUUAUUGGCUUCAGUCGAUCACUAUGAAUCGAGCAAUCAGGUUAGAAGCUGGCACUAGUCUCCGGGUGAGAAUUAACCAAAAAAGUUGCAUGUUUUUCAGCUGGGUUAAAAACAGUCAUUUGGAUGUCACUUAUGUCUAGAGUUGUUUGUUUUUUGAAAAAUGAGUUUUACUUCCCGAUGGCAUUAAUGCAUAUGUGAGACUAGUUAGAAACAGCUUUAAGCAGGUGUUUAUUUUUAUUUUUUUAAUUACCUAUGCUAUUAUUUAGGUGCUUUAAGAUAUACCAAAAUGUUUAACCACUUGGUUAAUAUUUUCAGGUUUAUUGAGAAGCUUCUCUCAUUCUUUGUGUUGUUAUAUUAAAUUAAAUAUAACUAUCCACAAAAGAGGCAGAUUUUGAAUAUAGUUAAGUGUUGUGACGGACAAAUUGCACCAAAAUGUUUUAUGUUAAAACUUUUUAAAUGUGCAUUUCCGAACUGAUUCAUUUAGAGUUGUUUGUCAUUUGAUUUUAAAAAUCAGGUCUAUUAAGUUUAAAUAUCUAAAUUAGAACCAGAACCCAUCAUGUUCAUUGUAUUUACCUCUAGGUGGCAAUCGCAUAAAUCUGCAUUUCAGAAUGUAACAUGUUUUUGUGGUUCACUCAUAAAUCUGUAGACUUGUC